AUGUCCUCAUCAGUACCCCCGACUUUACCGGGGCGGAUGACCCUCCUUGACAAGCUGUCGCUUUCGUGGCUCGUGCCCGUGUUUGUAUGCCACUGGCUCGCCAACUUUACGUCUCGCUGCAUCCCUGGCUCUUCGUCCCUGAACUGGCGCCAGAAGCUCGCCAUCUCCAACCUCCAGUCCCUGCGGCGGUCCCUCAACCCGCGCCAGCUCUUUGCCCUGUCCCGGGCGCAGCUCACUGGCGAGGCCGUCAAAGCCUACUGUCACGCUCGCGGGCUCCCCUACACUGCCAUCACCGUGCCGCUGCCUGAGAAAGCGCCCGGCGGUGAUACCGUCGACGUGCCGCCUCCGGUUCUGCACGUCGUUACGCCCGCGAACGCACCUGCGCGGGGCCCGACGCUGCUGUACGCCCAUGGAGGAGGUUAUCUCAACCCGAUACGCCCGCAGGGACACAUCCCCCUUGCGCUUCGGUGCGCGGCCGCGUGUGGCGCCAGGAGCGUCGUCUUCAUCGAGUACUCGCUGAGCUCGGAGCACGCGUACCCGGCGCAGUUGGUGCAAAUGGUCGCCGCGGUCAAGCACCUUCUUCACCGUGGUGCCGUCGGCGCCGGUGCUGACGGCGGGCCUGGCAGCGAUGUUGACGGGACCAUCAAGCCAGGAGACUUGGUCCUCGCGGGGGAUAGCGCGGGCGGCCACCUCAUCGCCAGCCUGCUCGCGCACGUGGUGCGCCCGUCACCCUACGCGCCGCCCUUGGCGGAGCUAGGCGGCGAGGAAGGGAAGCAGCUCCGUGCCGUGGUACUGCUCUCUCCGUGGGUGACGAUGCGAACCAGCGAUGCCUCCUUCGCAGCCAACAGCGCCAACGACUACCUCUCCGCGCAGCAGGCCAACGUGUUCAUCCGCUUAUUCCGCCCCGCGGCCGGCGAGGUCUGGGCGUGUCCCAGCGAAGGCGACGGCGCGGUCGAGCUGUGGAGGGCUGCGUUCCCUCCGACAUCCUCGUCAGCAUCAGCGUCGCCGGGUAAAAGCGAGGCGGCAGGGGCGGUGGCGAAGAAGAUGCUCGUUACGGUAGGCACGGGCGAGACGCUCCUGGACUCGUGCGUCAGGUUCGGCAGGGAGCUUCUUGGCGCGGAGACGGUGGUUUUGGACGCGGAUACGCAUGUGAAGGGCGCGCUGGUGGGUGGGAAGGAUGUGGUGUUGACGGUGGCGCCGGGGGAGGCGCAUGUUCAGCCUGCCCUGGAUUGUGCGGUGAGAUAUGAGCACGGGGCGACGCUGAAUGCCAUCAUGGCGUUUCUGAAGACUGCGUAG